AGUGACACCGGCACCUCGAGAGGGACACCGGCACCUCGGGAGUGACACCGGCACCUCGGGAGGGACACCGGCACCUCGGGAGUGACACCGGCACCUCGGGGGCGACACCGGCACCUCGGGAGGGACACCGGCACCUCGGGGGCGACACCGGCACCUCGGGAGUGACACCGGCACCUCGGGGGCGACACCGGCACCUCGAGAGGGACACCGGCACCUCGGGAGUGACACCGGCACCUCGGGGGCGACACCGGCACCUCGAGAGGGACACCGGCACCUCGGGAGGGACACCGGCACCUCGGGAGGGACACCGGCACCUCGAGAGGGACACCGGCACCUCGGGAGCGACACCGGCACCUCGAGAGGGACACCGGCACCUCGGGGGCGACACCGGCACCUCGAGAGGGACACCGGCACCUCGGGGGCGACACCGGCACCUCGGGAGGGACACCGACACCUCGGGAGGGGCACCGGCACCUCGGGAGUGACACCGGCACCUCGGGGUCGGCGGGGCGGAGCGACACGGGACCGGCCGGACUGCCCUGCCCGGGGACUCUGCUGGAUCUGCCGGGUCACGGAGAUCGUGUGUGAUGCUGUCCAUGUCACUGGAGAGGAGCUCUUCACAAGCGGCCUUGAUCCAUGUGUUCAUUCACUGAUGUCCAGCUUGUUCCUCUGUGAUUUUACUCAGCAAAGCUUGAGGCUUGCAGCAGUGACUGAAGUCAGAAGGAGCUGACUUCUGAACAUUCCAGGCAGGAUGAAAGACCGCUUAAGUGAGCUGCGUGAAUUUGCCAGGUUACACAACCAACAGUUUUCUGAUAGUGAUGAUGAUGAAAAUUCACCCCAGGAUAUUCUCCUUUAUGAGACGGAUUAUGCCUUAGAAGUUCUUCAUAAGGACAUACAGAACAUCCGGACAGAAAAUGACCACCUAAAAGCGGAUGUCAACCGCCUCAGAAAGCAAAACUCCCGCUUCCUUACUUCCAUGCGCCGUCUUAGUAGCAUCAAACGAGAUACUAACUGUAUUGCCAGAGACAUUAAGAGCCGUGGAGAGAGCAUCCACAGGAAACUGCAGGUCAUGAGAGAUUUCUGUGAAGACGCAAUAACAAGAUACGGAGCCAUGUCUGUCAUUGCCAGGGUGGCGAAGAACCACUACGUUGACCUCAUGCACACGUUUCAGGACGCUAUGUUUGAUUACAACGCAACAGAGAUGCGCCAGCGGGAGAACUGCAAGAUUCGAAUUCAGAGGCAGCUGGAGAUCAUGGGCAAAGAUGUUUCUGGACACCAGAUUGAGGAGAUGAUUGAGCAAGGCAAAUGGGAUGUCUUCUCCGAGAAUCUCUUGUCGGAUGUUAAGGGAGCUCGCGCAGCCCUGAAUGAGAUAGAGACGCGACACAAGGAGCUGGUGAAGUUAGAAGGUCGCAUUAAGGAAGUUCAUGAGCUCUUUCUGCAGGUGGCCCUGCUGGUGGAGGAGCAGGCGGACACCUUUGAUGUUAUUGAGAUAAAUAUGCAAAAUGUUGAGGACUAUGUAGGAGAUGCUAAAGACCAAGUGAAAAAAGCUUUGGAAUACAGGAGAAAACAUCCCCUCAGAACAAUCCUGUGCUGCUGCUUAUCAUGUUGCAGAAGGUGAUGGUCCCAUUGGAGCUAUCACAGACUGACUUGAAUGUCUUCAAAAUCAGGUGUUCUUUCCAGAGACUUCUCUGUAAUGACAAGCCCUAGAAAUAGGGGGCAUAUUUUGCAGUUGGUUUUGUGGAUUGCCUUUUUUACUAAAUGUGCUGAAGUCUGUUUCUAUUUAUGAACUCCUAGAAAUGUUGACAAAACUAUUUUUAAUCUAUUUUUUAUUGAAAUGUUCUGUUACUGUAACUAGACGUGCAAUAUCUCUACAUUGAUACUCAUUUCAUAUAGGCAAGAAAGAAGAAUGAGUAACUUAUCCUAGGGAAAAGGAAUACUUUCAAAAAGUAACUUUAUUCUUAUUUGUUGAAGUGAGGCUGCACAUGGUGAAGUCUUAUUGCCUGGGGUGACACAGUACAUCACAGAAUCAGGAGAUUUCAGUUUUAGUCUAGUCUGGAGCCUGCUUGAUGCAAAUUUGAUAAAAUACUGAAUUUGGAGCAGGAGCAGGACACAGAACUAGUUUCUCUUUCAACUUGAUUUCCAGCUGUCUGGAAUCUUAACAGAAGUGGCUGCACCUUAAAUGAUAAUAUACACAUUUUGCUCUCUUUGUUUGCAAGUGACUGCUUUUUUCUAUUUUGAGUACCCAACUCUCUCAAGGUGGCUAAAAGCACUGCAACACUGAGGCAUCUCACUCACUUUUAACUUGAGCCACUCUCUGGACUUUCAGUUUCAAACCUGCCAUGCUCUCAUGCUCUGUUGCAUUUCUUCUGCCAAUUAACACUUCAGCCAGAGGAGAAACAUGGAGUGGCUUUCUGCAGAAACCACCGAUAGGAAGCCAACAGCUGUGGGGCUGAGAAAGCAUUUUAGGGUCUCCUGUACUGGCACAUACAUAGAAGCAGUUUUAGUGGAAUGACUGGCCUGUCAGUACACUUUUAUUAUUUAUAAGCAUUGACCCAAUAUGAAUGUCUUAAUAUCUAUUUAAAUUGGAUGAAGGAUUAUUUUUUUUAAUAUGCAAUUUUACUGGUGAACAGAAAAUUUGACUUUUCUCCAGUUGCUGGGAAAUCUCCAGCUGGGAAAGUAAAUAGAACCUUUUCUUCAGUACGUCUGAAGAAGAAAGAAAACAAUUUCAUGUCAUUUUAGUGCUCUUUUCAACCUUAAAAGGAAACUCUCCUUUUGUGUAAUGGGAGUCUGCCCUUAAACAAGGGCACACCAGUAGGUUUGGAGUAUUGCAAGGAAAUAAAAAAUGUCCUGGUAAGCACUGAGCAUUGUCAGUGCAACAUAUUCACAGAGUCUAGUGAUUGAUCAUAGAUCAAUCAUAGAUCAAUCUGGUGAUUGAUCAUAGAUCAGUCAUAGAUCAUUGCUCCUAGAGGUUUUCCAACUAUAUUUCUUGGUGGUUUCCUGAUACACUGUGAUCUAUUGCUAGCCUUUGAAAUAAUGCAGGCCAUUUUUUCAGAAAUUAAUUUUUCUAACUGAUGGUCCUAUUUGUAUCGAUUUUAAUAAAUAUAUUUCAACAUUUCAAAUAUUUUUAUUUGGGAGUUUUCCUCAGAUGUGCAUAGAUGUACAUCUUCCUGCACCAGUUGCAGUGAAACUUUUCCCUUCUUACCUUUUGCACCUUGAUUUUAUGUGUGAAAAAAAAAACCCAAACAUUUCUUACUAUUUGUAUUAAUAUAACAAAACAGCAAAAUAAAUCAAAUUUCCAAGUAUCUUACUGGGAAACAGUUUAUCCAGACAGGCUUUUUUACACAAUAGAAACUAAAGGGAUUACUCUUCUCAGAAAUUGAGUGUCCCUUUUGCUGUAGCACCUGUCUGUGAUUACAUGGAAGAAUGAGGAACACCGAUCUCCUAAACUAUAAGAUAUUUUGAUAUUCAGUGCUGUACUGGUGAUAUCAGUGUUAUGCUUGUCUGAGAACUUCUCCAGUGAGAUGUCCAAACUUGGAGCUGGGAGAAAGGAGGAUGAUGAGCUGGGACCACAGUCAGUGGCUUUGAUGCUACUGAAGAAGUCAAAGUUGUUUACUCUCUAGGCACUGCCAUUAAGUCAGUGGAACUGUGCAUUCGUAGAGAAAUACCCCAAACCUCAGAGAGUCAGAAUGUGGGGAUAACUCAGUGAAGAAUGAAAUAAUGUAUUUUCUUUCACAUGCAUAUUCCUAGCACUUGCCAAUUUUUUUGAUAAAAUUAUGUACAUGUUAUUUUGUGCUGGUUCAUUUUU